UGCUCCUUUACCUACGCUAUUGACGUGUUUAUUAUGAAUUAGUGGCAUUUGGCUUAUUCUUGGGGAGGAGCCAGGCGGGAAAGUGAUGUUGGCGUGGCAUCUCUCUGGCACAAACACUGGCAUGUCUCAGAGCUAGCUCACCAGCUCUCUGUGAAGCGGGCAAGGGCUGUGUUCGGGAAGCCCUGGAUGGAGCCGAGUGGCUAGUCACUGGAUUUUAGGGAAACCUUGUCUUGUCUGGGGCCAUGAGGAUCUUCUUCAGGCGACGUUUUGGCCCGGCCAAACUGGCCAUGGUGGCCGUGAUCUUUGUGGUCUUCUUGUUCAUCCUGCAAAGGGACGCGGGUAACCGGGGGCCCAGCGAGAGCCCGUGGCUCAGGGACAUCGCGGACGGCAAAGACCGGAUGUUGGGGAUGAUGUUUGGGGCUGUGAACAACAUCCGGGACUCUAUGCCCAAGUUCCAGAUCAAAGCUCCUCACCGCCCAGCGGAAGCCGUCUCUCCCCCCAGCUCCUGUCUCCCCGGUCACUACACCUCCUCCGAGCUCAAGCCCUUCCUCGUUCGCCCCCCGCAGGAUCCCAACUCACCGGGGGCUGACGGCAAAGGCUUCCGCUCGCACGCCCUCUCCCCGGAGGAAGAGAAGGAGAAGGAGCGCGGGAUGGAGAAACACUGCUUCAAUGCCUUCGCCAGCGAUCGCAUCUCCUUACACAGAGGUCUCGGACCAGACACAAGGCACCCAGAGUGUAUUGAGCAGAGGUUUAAGCGCUGCCCCUCGCUGCCCACAACCAGUGUCAUCAUCGUCUUCCACAACGAAGCCUGGAGCACCUUACUCCGCACCGUGUACAGCGUCCUCUACACCUCCCCCGCCAUCGUACUCAAGGAGAUCAUCAUGGUGGACGACGCCAGCACGGACGACUACCUGAAAGAGCAGUUGGAUGAAUAUGUGAAGCAAUUCCGCAUUGUGAAGGUGGUGCGGCAGGUGGAGAGGAAGGGGUUAAUCACCGCCAGACUCCUGGGCGCCAGCGUAGCUACGGGAGACGUGCUGACCUUCCUGGACGCUCACUGCGAGUGUUUUAAUGGCUGGCUGGAGCCUUUGCUGGGCAGAAUAGCGGAGAAUUAUACAGCUGUGGUCAGCCCGGACAUCACAGCCAUCGACCUCAACAGCUUCGAGGUGUCCAAACCCGUCCAGUAUGGCCGUCACCACAACCGAGGGAACAUGGACUGGAGUUUGUCGUUCGGUUGGGAAGCCAUUCCUGACCACGAGGUCAAGAGAAGAAAGGACGAGACCUACCCCAUCAAGACUCCGGCUUUUGCAGGGGGACUGUUCUCAAUCUCCAAAUCUUACUUUGAAUUGAUCGGGACGUACGAUGACCAGAUGGAAAUAUGGGGAGGAGAAAACGUGGAGAUGUCAUUCAGGGUCUGGCAAUGCGGGGGACAACUGGAGAUCAUCCCCUGCUCCGUGGUGGGGCACGUGUUCCGCAUCAAGAGCCCCCACAGCUUCCCGAAAGGCGUCCAGGUAAUCGCCCGCAACCAGGUGCGCCUGGCGGAGGUCUGGAUGGACGAGUACAAGGAGCUGUUCUACAAGAGGAAUCACCAGGCGGCCCAGAUCGCCAAAGAGAAAAGCUAUGGUGAUUUAACGUCCCGGUUCCAGCUGAAGGAGAGGUUACAGUGUAAGAACUUCACCUGGUUUCUGCAGAAUGUCUAUCCCGAACUCUUUGUCCCAGAAUUCCAUCCCAUAAAAGCCGGUGCGAUUAAAAACAAGGGAACGGGAAGCUGCCUGGAUGUGGGAGAGCAGAAUCACGGAGGGAAACCUCUGAUCUUGUAUCCGUGCCAUGGGAUGGGAGGCAAUCAGUACUUCGAGUACACGCACCAGACAGAAAUCCGACACAACCUUGCGAAACAGCUGUGUCUCCGAGCAGUGUAUGGGCCAGUCAGGCUGGAGGAAUGCAAGUACAAUAAGAAGGGGAUAGAUGUGGUGAUGGAGGAAAAAUGGGAACUGGGAAAGGAUAAUCUGAUCAGGAACGAUGGCAUCAACAUGUGCUUGUCGGCAUCAGACAAAAACCCAGCGAUGGUGCCCUGCAACCCUGAUGACCUCAGCCAGCAGUGGUCCUUUAUCUGAUCUUCACCAUUGAGGAAAGGCCUGCAGAGGAGCAAGUCAGCAAACAGUGACACAGGGAGGUACUGGGACAUCGUUAAUAAACCUCCUCCAGCGACUGUGAAGCUGGAAUCUGCUGAUGUCACCAAACGAACAAUCAUUAAUUGAUGGACUUUCUUCAGGGAGGCCUGGAUUUUAUGAACCGGACCCCCAUUUUUUGUAUUCGUUUUUUUUUCCCCCUUCCCCGAGUGUUGGGAAAUCCAUUCCAUCAGUUGACCCACACUUUGGAGCAGCCAAACCUCUGGCUCGGACUGCACUGUGACUGUUUCCUGACGUUGACUGUUUUUGAAAUCAGAAGCGAGACCAAAGAGAUGGAUUGCUUCCCGUGUAUGUGUGUGUGUGUGUGUGAGAAAGUGCCUGAGACUGUGUGUGUGUGUGUGUGUGUGUGUGUGAAACUGUGUGUGUGUGUGUGAUAGUGUGUGUGACUGUGUGUGUGUCUGACUGUGUGUGGGUGCUCCAAGCACAAAAUACCUUUCAGGAGUCUCCUUGGCUUUCUGAGGGAUCAGGAAUACUGUUGAGGUUAAUUGUAUCUUGAUCCCAAAUCCCUCUAGUGGUAGACUAACUGUCUUACUCUGUGCCUUUGCCCCAUGUGGGGACAGGUUUUGCUGCUGGGUGUUGAGUAUGAGAUGAAUGAUCGAGUGAAAUGGGAGAUGGAAAGAAGCCGGGUUAACCCGAAAUCCCCCUGCAGUGGCUCAGUAGAUAAAUAACGCCCUGGUGGGUGCACUGGCCUCAAACAGCCGAGGGGAUUACAGGUUCAAAUCCCCGGGCUGUCCUGCAUUAGUUCAUCUCAACCGUUUAGUCACUGCAAUUGGGUCUCGGUACCAUUGGGUUAGCGAGGGGCUAAUCCAGCCAGGGUCCCUGCUCCUGGACUCUCUUCCUGUAAGAGUCCCGUAGUGUAAUGGUAAGAGCGCUCACCUCGCAAGCGAGAGGACCUGGGUUUCUUUCCCGGGCAGAACAGGGGAAAACCUCAGGCAACUUUCCUUACUCCACACGCGCACACCCACACGCCUCUGUUUACAUGCUGUAAGUAGGAACCCGGUCAUCAGUCAAUUGACGGAUCACUUUCUGGGGGUAAUAAUCCCUUCUAAUAAUAAUAAUUUAGUCACUCAAUCCACGACUGUUGGUAGGAACCUGCUGUGCAAUUGACUGCCACGUUUUAUUCAUCACUCACACGUGAUAAGGCACGUGAUAUCAGAUGCAAGGAAUAUUACAGGAGCUUUAUGUGGUUGACCAGGAUUUGAACUGACCACCUCUGCUGCCAGGUAUGGGGUUCCCCUCGCCUGUUCUGUUCUGUGAGAGGAAGGGAGGUGAGGUUGGAAGUGAAGGCUUGGUCUAUACCAAAUGAAUAUGAAUUGCUGAAGGCACACUGUGAAAAUCACAGCAACGACCAAAAUAUCAUUUAUAGAAAAGUUUGUCAAAAAUCUAAAGGCACGGCAUUGAUUUGUCCACUAAAUACACAGCCAUUACACUUUACAGAAUCUCCUGUGAAGCGCUUUGAGAU